AUGGCAUCAAACCUCACCGUCAACCUCGGAGGCGGCAAGAAGCAGCUCAUCAAAACAACUCCCGCCAUGAGUCUCCGUCAAGUCGUCAACACCGUCUGUGAAAAGCAGAACUACCCUGAGCCAGAAAUAUACGGACUCAAGAGCGGGAAGAACUUUCUGGACCUUUCAUUGUCUAUCCGACAUGCCAACAUUGCGGCGGGGGCAAAGCUGGAGCUGGCCAAGAUUCCCAAGGAUAGAACCCUCAACUUGACACGCCGCACCGCCGUCCCACAGUCGACCUCCAAGAACAUAUUUUCGCUUCAGAGGAUCAAAAAGGCAGUCAAACCUGCAACGGAGGUCUACCUCCUCCCCAUUGUCAUUCUUUUGGAGCGCGAGUACGUUUCGAUCCAGACAUUGAAGACUACGACACUGCAGCUUGCCGGUCUUGUUCGAGGAAACUCUGCGUUCCGCGUUCUGAUGCGAUACACGGAUGCAGGAAUCGAAGACUUUUUGGAGGACAUUGAACGGGACUAUUCACAAUCAACAGCAACCGCUGCUGCACCCACCGCCACAUCCACCUCAAUCGCGACCACUGCACCUGCCAUUCCCGUCACUGACUCACCUCCCGUAUCACAGUCCCGUCCUCAGUCUCAGCGAGCUGUGCCUGAGCGACAGUCGACUCUUAAACCUGUCACUCCAACACGAAAGUUCACAACCGAUAAAACUGCGGGAGAGGGAGGCCAGUAUCUGGUCGCACACGAGGCAUACCAAGGAGGAGGAGGAGGAAGUAGCCCACCAAUUGGCCUUACACCGCGCGCUGGAGACGUCGAGGCUUCGAACCGUGAAACUAGUGUCCAAAUCGAAGGAGGUAGUGGCGAUUUGAAUAUGCAGCGCCAGACGCCGGCUCAGGACAUGACCUCCAACAUGGUUGAAAUUAACCAGGGCAUCCGCCGGCAUCAGGAACAGCAGACACAGGCUGCCCUCACCGACCGCGUAAAGCGACUUUCCAAAGCCUCGGAUAGCUCAGACAGGGACCGCUUUGUCCGCAGUCUUCCGCCAGGAUCGCCCACUCCCGAGGCGUUUACAGAAGAACCGGAAGGCUUUAUGGAUGUAGACAUUCCUCAACCUCGCUCGGAAUCGCCCAAUUCGUCGCUCCCCAACCAUGAGCAAGAAGUCGUCCGUCAGAUCGCCCACCGCGUCAGCCAGCAUCUUCGGGAUGCCCAGAAGCGCGGAGACUCGACUAUGGACUACCAUUCUUUGAUUGCUCGGGAGAUCGAGAAGGAGCAGAAGGCUGGAGUCUUGCCUACUACCCCUACUGGAAGUCGUCAAAACUCGGUGAACAAGGCUUUCGAAGAGAGCGGGAGCCCCGUUCGUCCUGUGACGCCUCAGUCAAGACAGGCAACGAUGGCUGAGGAAUCCUUCAACCGUCAAGUCAAGGUGUUCCGCCCUCCGGCUGACGACGCUACGCCACUUUCUAACCAAAUUGAAUUGCCGGACGACUUUUACGACUUGACAUCGCAGGAUAUGAUGAAGCUGAUGAACAGCCAAAAGGCAAGGCGCCAAGAAGAGGAGAACAGAGGCUUCAAGACGGCGGCGGCCAGGGCAGAGGAAGAAAAGGCCAGGGAGCGUCGUUACCCCAAGACCAUUAUCCGUAUACGGUUCCCUGACCGAAUUCAGCUCCAGGCGACAUUCCGUAGUCAGGAAACUGUGGGUGACCUCAGGAACUGGGUGUCCAAGGCUUGCGUUGGGCAAGGCGAGAAGUUUGACUUGUAUACGACGCCGCCCAAGAAGGUGCUGGCUGAUAACAAGCAGACGCUUUAUCAGGCAGGAUUGGCGCCUCAGAGCGUUGUUUACUUUACAUGGGUGGACUCGAAGCUCAACCUUUCGCCACCGUUCCUGAAUGGGGAGCACAUGAUGCUGUUGCAGGACCUUCCUAUUCCUGGCCAGGAGCCAGAGCCGAACAAUGCCACGCACACACCUUUGGAGGGCGGUCGUACGUUGAGCCAUACAGGGACUAUUCCAAUGCUGUCUAAAGAGGAUCGCCGGAUGAGCGCAGCGAUGAGCACGGACAAGCCUGCUGCUGGCAGUGGAGGAGGAUUGCCAAAGUGGAUGAAGCUGUCGAAGAAGUAA